ACAAAGAAACCAAUGGAAACAAAGAAGCAAGUCAUUGUGGCAAAGCUCCCCACCACAGAGAAGCUGCCCUGAGUGGAAGGGAGGGUGUGGGCAUGCCCAUUUGUUUCGUGUCUCCCAGUGCUCUUCGCUUUCUUAUUGCAGACCUGCAUGGUUACAACAAAAUGAUCUGCAAAACUGAAAAUAUUUACUCUCUGGCUUUUACAGAAAAGGCUGACCAGCCUCUGGUUCCCGUACCGGUCAACUGAUUGGAGUACCUUUCCAGUUUGGAAACAUCUGGGCAGGCCCAGGUUUGCAAAAUUCUUUAAGAGUAGUUAUGGAGUUUUGCUUCUAAACAUUUUUAUGGCUGUAUACUUCUGAGCUGAGGUUGUGCUGUGUAAUUCUGAGCCGGGAUUUUCUCAAACUGUUCCUUAUUUCUUAUACCAGACACCCCUAAAUUCCAAGGGGAAUGGGAUGUUAAGGAAGCCAUGGAGUUUAGGAAAAAGAUACAGAUUUCAUUUCCAUUUAAGCAUCGAUGUAUCUCCAUCCUAGGCAGUAUCGGUUCUGUGGUAUUGAUAGGGGAACUAAAUAGCAACCAAAUUUAUAGAAAAUAGUGGGUCAUUGGGUACACAAGUUCUUCUUUUCAACAUUUUUGUAGUGUUUGCAGUUUAAGAUGACCGUUCCUGAGAAACAGGCAGCCUCUUAGAAUGAAAUAGCAUUUUCCCUGAACCAUACUCAAUUUUUAUUUCAUAGACAGCAGGAAGGGCAAUCACACAUCCAACACUUGGGGACCUCAAAGAUAAAAUGUAACUUUCUGAGAGCACACUCCCCCCGUCUCCCUCUGCUCUUUUCACUGUCCCAUUGUCCCUGAAGGCUCUUUCGUAUCUUCUGCUCAUGACUCCAGUAACUCUUCCUUCUCGUCCCUCAGCUGGUAAGUUUACUUUUCUACUUUGACCAAGCAAACUGAAGCCAACAGAAGAGAACUUUCACCAACAACUCCCAGCACAUCCGCUCGCCUUCUGAUGUCUGUGACCUCACUCUCGCUGCCCCACCUCUUAUUACAGAUUGAACAGGAUCCAGGGGGAAGUACCAAGCCUGUCCCAUCGGCCAUCCUGUGUGUCAUGUCCUGUGACCCAGUGGAUGCUCAGCACCCUCCAGCUGAAGAAACAGAUUGCCUUAGAUACAUGAAAGGUGAGGACACCUACUAUCCCCAUGGAGCCCAGGUGGGGCUGGGAGUCUGCUGUUUGUACAGCCGGUGGGCUCAUGUUGCUUUGGACAUCCCUGUGCCUGAAUUCCUGCAGUACACUCGGUGUGCAUUCCAUGGUGCAUCCUCGCCUAGAAUUGAGUGGAAGCAAGUCCAUCUCAGAAGGGACAUACCUGAAGAGAAAUGGCUUUCCAGACUCUGAAGGGCAGAGAAAGCACCAGCCUGGAGAACAGCAUCUCUGAGCCCGUCCUGGGUGACCUCACAGAGAUCACCCUAGUGGCCCAGGCUAGUGACCGGGAACAUGUACCUUCCUGCAGCCAACCCCAGACGUCCACUGAUGCAUCAUAUACAGGCAAAGAUCCUGACCUGGGGGGGCCUUGGCCGCCAGAAAUUCGCCAGAUGUUGGACUCCAGGGGCGGCUUCUGUUGCCCUAGAGGCGGGACGCCGGUCUCCAGGUGAGCUUGGUCCUGGGAGGCGGAGGCGGCGGCGGCGGCGGCGGCUGGGGGUUGGGGUCCAUUCCAGGGAGCUGCUCCAUUUCUUCUCUCCCCCGCGGCCUGGCCUGGGGGCGACCUCUGCCGCCGGAGAUUUGCCUGAGGUCCGACUCCAGCAAUGCAGAGUCUCCCGAGAGGAGAUUCAGACUCAACAGCUUUGUGGCAGACUUUGGAAGACCGCUGCUGCCCAAGGUGUUCUCUGGCAGGGCAAUGACGAAUCUAGGUCCCUCUUUCACUGCUACGUCAAUGAAGUGGACCGCUUAGGCAAGGCCAAAUCUGGUAUCCAGACCAUAGCCCUUGACAGUGAUAUUCGGCUCCAGGAAGCCAUCAGAUGCAUCAGGUGGCCAAAGGAGGAGCCAAACAGGGUCAUGAAAUGUGACAUCCCCAACUUCAUCAACACGGACCAGAACUAUUCCUUUGGGGAAGAUGAUCUCCUGAUUUUGGAACCACCGAUUGUUCUAGAAAAUAACCCAGUUGCCCAGACUUCACACAAAGACUUGAAUUGGAAACGUGCUUUGUCAUGUGUCUUUCUGAAGAUGUGAAUUCUCUUUGUAUGGCAGGAAGUCUCCUUUCACAAAAUUGUAUGUGUUUUUGUCUGAGAGAGAGAAAUGGAGACAGACAGAAAGACGAAGAGAAAGAAGAGAGCCCCCUCAGAAGAGAACUAGUUAAGGUUCCCAGUGGCCUGAACCAUGCACCAGCAUUGAUGCAGGAACUGUUCCACCAAAAGAAAUCCCUUCGCCAUAGUAUCUUUUGAGGAAAAUAUUGUUCUUUAAGGCUCUAACAAUAAAUUGUAGAAUAAAGCAUGGAAGAUUUCUUGUAGUUAAUACAUGUUCAUGCAAAAAGAAAUGUUAUUUUCAUUAAACAAUGUUGAUUUUAA